AUGAAACUUACUCAAUCUGCCGUGCUUGCCGCUUUGGCUGCAUCGACUGUCGUGAAGGCAGCUCCUGCUCCAAUCAACGAGGGCUCCACUGACCUCACUGUCCAAGACAACGUUGUUGCCAAAAGAGAGAGCUUGGAGCGUGCCUUGGCACAAUUGACCGAGUUGGAGCAGAUGAAGACCAAGAGACAGGACUUGGAUAACGAGUUGAGCGAAAGAGAGUACAAGAUUGUCACCGAGGUGUUGAGCGCCAUCAACGACACCAACUUAGCUCCAACCGUGUUGAAGUUUUUCGUCACCCAGCCCACCUUGAGACAAAUAGCCAUUGAUGUGAUUGCGUGGGUUCUUAGAAACGCCAAGAUCAACUUGACCACCUUGUUGAAGGCGUUGGUGGACUCUGGUUUGCUUAACAGAGUUCUUACCGACGCUCUCAGCGACUGUCAGGUGUAUGUGUCUGUGAUUGGUAUUGCCGAGGACGUUGUCAAGGCUCUUCUCAACAAAAUCUUCAGCAAGCGUGAGCUUCUCGGCCUCGAUGAGAGAGACAUUCUCACUGACGAGCAGACCAUUGAGCUUUUGAAGAAGGAUGGCUUGAUGCAGCCAAGCAUGCUUGAGGACAAGAGAGCGCUCGACAUUGACGUCAACAACAUUGUCAACAAUUUGUUGGAGAGUUUGGCCAACUCUGGUUUGGCCUCGUCUGUGGUGAUUGCCGUUCUCACCGACAAGGCCUUCAUCAACUUUGGUGCUGACUUGAUUAGGGAGCUCAUCAACGGCCCACCUCUCGCUAUCGGACUUGGUGACAUUGUCACGGGCAUCACCCAGUCUGGUAUUCUUCCAGACUUGCUCAAGCUCCUCCUCAACACGGACACCUUGGCUACUGUGGGUCAGAAUGUGCUCAAGGCGAUUUCUGGCCAGUGUGACGGCGGCUCGAUCGGGGGCGGCAACCGUACCACCACCCACAUUGCGUCGACCUCCAGCCUUGCUACAACCACUCCAAUCACCACGGCGCCUCUGGCCACCACCCCUUUGGCUGCAUCUGACGUUGGUACCGUUUACACCACGAUUAACAAGGCGUCCACGACUCAAAGCGUUGCAGGCCAGUCAUUCGACCCUUGUGCCACUGCCUACGAAAAGAGAGAGUUCAAGAAGCUUCGGUUGAACUACUAA